AAAGCAGGAAAUGUCUGUUAAGACUUUCGCUUUAGAAACGCGCGUGGACACGAUACUAAUUUCUCUGGAACGAUAGUCUUUCUUAAAAGAAAUGUGAAUUAUUACAACAAAUAUGAGACCUGCAGUGCUCUUGCUCUUCGGAGUUUACUAUACGUAUGCUGGAACACACUCUCUGAGAUACGUCUACACUGCUGUGUCUGGAGACAUUGACUUCCCAGAGUUCACAGCGGUUGGUCUGCUUGAUGAUCAGCAGUUCAUGUACUUUGACAGCAACACAAAGAAAACUGUGCCGAAGAUAGAGUUCAUGAGAAAGAAUGAGGGAAAAGAUUACUGGGACAGAGAGACUCAGAUUGAUAUCGGCACACAUCAGAGCUUCAAAGUCAUCAUCCAGACUCUAAAGGGACUCUUCAACCAGACCGGGGGUGUGCACACAUACCAGCGAAUGUACGGCUGUGAGUUUAAUGAUCAGACCGGAGAGACAAAUGCAUUCAAACAAGAUGGAUGUAAUGGAGAGGACUUUCUGACUCUGGAGUUGAAGGAGAUGAGAUAUAUUUCUCCAGUGCAGGAAGGAUUCCUCACUGUACAGAAGUGGAACAAUGACAGAUAUGGUCUUGAAAAAGACAAAAAUUACUUCAGCACUGAGUGCUUUGAGUGGCUGAAGAAGUAUCUUCAGAAUGGAAAGAGCAGCCUGGAGAAAACAGUCUCUCCUCAGGUGUCUCUUCUGCAGAAGUCUCCUUCGUCUCCAGUCUCGUGUCACGCUACAGGUUUUUAUCCCAAAGAGGUUUCUAUCUCCUGGCAGAAGAACAAACAAGAUGUUGAUGAAGAUGUGGAUCUGGGAGAACUUCUUCUCAAUGAAGACGGCUCUUUCCAGAAGACCAGCACCCUCAACGUUAAACCUGAGGAGUGGCAGAAGAACGAGUAUGAAUGUGUCGUGGAGCACAAGAGCAGAACCAUCAGAAGCGUCCUGAAAGGAGACAAGAUCAGAACUAACUCCGGUUCUGUUCCCAUCGGGUUGAUUGUUGGUGUCGUCGCUGCUCUUCUUCUUCUGGUGAUUCUUGGUGUCGCUGGGUUCAUGGUUUAUCAGAAAAAGAAAGGCUUCAAACCUGUUGCGUCUGAUGACGGAUCUAACAGCUCCACUCGUUCAGAUCAAAAAGCUUGAAGAUGAGAUCAGAUGAGUGCAAGAGAUGAAGUUAAAAGAAGAUGCUUGUCCUGCUGUCCAUCUUGCUUACAACAAACACACACAGACACAGAAACACACACACACACACACACAGAAACACACACAGAUACAGACACACACACACACACACACAGAUACACACACACACAGAUACAGACACACACACACACACACACACACACACAGAUACAGACACACACACAGAUACAGACACACACACACACAGGAUCUUAUACUUCAGUGGAGGGUUGAUCUAUAUUAUGGUUUUAUAUUAAUCACAUCUGGAAAGUAAAGUUUUUGUUUCAUCUUUAUGUUCAUCUUGAUAGAAUCUAAAUAAAUCUGGGGAAUGAGAGCAAAGUCUGUAUCUGCUGCAAAACUUACAAUAACUUUUUGGAUGAAUUGUUUAAAUUAAGCUAUUACAUCAAUAAAAUGAAACAAUAUGUAGGAAUCUUAUUUAUUUUUUAUGCGGGAUUAUGGGGCUUUUUCUGUUUAUUUUCUUAAUUCUUUUGGACAUAAUCUAGAUAAGAAGAUAAGUGUACUAUAAAAUAAUAUUGAUUCUUGUAAUGUUAAUGUUACGAACAGCACCUCUGUGGCUCUCUCCGACCACCACCGGAGGGAGCCCUCACCUGAAUACUAAUCGCUCUAGGACUCUGUUUCCCAUAAUCCCGUGCCUUGGACUGAUUAGCGCUGCCAAGUGUUCCUCAUUCCCUUCACCCUUUAAAAGAUCUUCCCCACCAUCGUUCAGUGCGAAGUCUUGUUUGUACGUACAACAAUUCCGAGCAUUUUCCUAGUAUCUGUAUACCUGUUGCCGACCUUGUUUCUGUUUGUUUCUACGAUUGAUAUCUGCCUGCCCACCGACCUUCCGCCUGUCUUUGUUUACGUCUCUUGGAUUUCCCUGUACACUGUCGUUCGCUCCUGUUUAACCCUGCCUGUCUGACCACGAUUAAAGUCUGUCGCAAAUGGA